AUGGAUCCCCAGCACGUGUCUACACUGUUUGCGACGACGUUUAAUGCGGAUCCGAAUGUGCGAAUCGCAGCCGAGUUGGAGUUACGCAAGGCUGUGGGGCAAGCAGGCAUGCUGAGUGCGGUCGUGCAGAUCGUGGGAACAAACGGUGUUGAUUUGUCCGUGCGCCAAGCUGCUGUCGUCUUUCUCAAGAACGCCGUGGCGCGAGGAUAUAAAUCAUCGAAUGUACCGGUCCAACAGCAGCUCCCCGCCCCUCCUGUCCCCGAUGCAGACAAACAAGUCAUCAAACAACACAUUCUGCCCCUUAUUGUCGCCUCCCCUAACCGCGCCAUACGAAUUCAAUUGGCCGCUAUCCUCAAGACUCUCGUAUCCCACGACUUUCCCGAAAGAUGGCCAGGAUUCAUGGAAAAUGUUGUUCAGCUUUUGCAGAGCGACAGGUCAGAGAGUGUAUUUGGCGGUAUGACAGCCCUCUUGGAGAUAUUCAAGACGUAUCGGUACCGACCGGAUGAAUCUACCAAAAUUCUCCCUCAAAUCGUGGAAAAGACCUUUCCUCUCCUUGUCUCUCUUGGGUCCAAAGCAGCCGCCAAUCCGGGUGCACCCGAGUCGGCUGAUUUCUUACAUUUGAUACUCAAGACGUACCGGAACUCGAUCCAACAGCGAUUAUCAGAACACCAGCAAGCAUCCUCGUCCCUUGUCCCGUGGGGAAGACUAUUCUUUGCCGUCAUUAAUGUUCAACCGCCCGCGGAUCAAAUCCCAGAAAGCCUGGACGAGAGGGAAAAGUGUCCGUGGUGGAAAGCGAAAAAGUGGGCAUACGCCACACUUAAUCGAUUAUUCAUGAGAUACGGAAGUCCCUCUGAUCUUGUCAAAGCACUCCAAAAGCAAUACUCGAAAUUCGCACAACAUUUUGCCACCUCCUUCGCCCCUGAGAUUCUCAACACCUAUCUCCAUCAAGUCGAGUUGAACGUGUCGGGCGGGACUUGGUUAAGUAAGCGCGUUACGUACCUCAUCAUUCAAUUCCUUCAGCAAUCUGCCAAGGCGAAAACAACAUGGCAGGUGCUCAAGCCCCAUAUUCAGGGACUGGUGUCCAGUUUCGUCUUUCCUUUGCUGGUGUUCACCGAUGACAAGGCCGAAGCUUGGGCCGCGGACCCGGUCGAGUAUGUGAGGUUCGAUAUUGCCGAGUUUGAAGACUAUGGCACACCAUUUGGCAUGUCCACGGUCUUUAUUCAAAGCCUCGCUACAACACGGACGAAAGCGUCUUUUGGUCCAAUGUUGAACUUUAUUCAGAGCAUUCUUGGAAACCCAGCUUCGACUCCCCAAAGUCGGUUCGGUGCACACCGUAUGACUGCCUGUCUCGCCGGAGUGAUAUUGGAACAUCCCGACGCAAAGGGCGUGAUGGAGAGCUACGUUGUGUCUCACGUUUUACCCGAGUUUAGAAGCGACCACGCGUAUUUACGAGCAGUUGCCUGUGAGCUCGUUACGGCGCUUAUGAGGCAUCGGUUCGAGUUUACUGAGGAAACAAACUUGGAACAACUGUCGACCCAGGUGGUUCAUGCGUUUGAUGAUCCCGAGCUCCCAGUUCGUCUCCACGCGGCACUUGCACUCACAGAACUCAUUCAACGACCGCCGGUUCAACAAGCACUGAAACCAAUGAUCGGAAAAGUCAUGCAGGGCUUAUUGAAGAUUGCCGACGAAACUGAUUUGGACGUUCUCACUACCGCUAUGCAAACUUUUGUCGAGCAGUUUUCGGAAGACUUGGUCCCGAUUGCGGUCCAGUUGACCACGAGGCUGAUUGACUCAUAUAUGCGCCUUUUGACUGAAACAUUGAGCAAGGAAGAGACGGCUGAAGAUUGGGAUGAGAAUGCGGAUAAAAAAUUUGCGGCGAUGGGAAAUGCGAGAACGAUUCAGACAAUUGUGACAGCCAUGGAAGGAUCUAAAGAAAUCCUCAUUGAACUUCAGGCCAUCCUGGCGCCCAUGGUUUUGGCGACUCUCGAGCAUCAGGCUCUUGACUUUUUCGAAUCUGUGUUUGAUAUUAUGGAUACCCUCACUUUUAGUUUGCGUCAGAUUCCACCUACGCUUUGGACGGUAUUCGAAGCAAUGUACAAGUCGUUCAAGGGCCCCUCGGUGGACUAUCUUGAAGGCAAGUCUAAUCUUGAUACGAUCAUCUUGGCGAACAAGACGAUUAUUGGGUGCAAGUUGAUUGAGGGUUUGAUGCUCAGUCUUCCGGGGCAACUGGAUGGAAUCAUUGCCCAAGUCAUCACCCAUGCACUCAACAAGGGUGUAUCAGCCAAGACUAAAAUACUCAAACUUCACCUCCUCAACGUAUUCGUCAGUGCCCUCCUCUGCAGCCCCGCCCUCGCUCUUCACGCCCUCGGCACGUCGGCACGACCGGUACACGACAAGAAACUGAGUCUUCUCGCAUUCUGUGAGCUCUCAAGCUGGAAGGGGAGCGUGUUCCGGCGGAUUUGCAGGACGGAUGGGUGGGAUCGUUGGUGGAUCUUGCAGCUUUUGGAAGAGUACCCCAAGGCCGUUGAGAAUCGACAGAAGCUCGAGGAAGAUUUCAACGAUGAGGAAUAUGAACUUGACGAUGAGACGCAUCUCAAUAUGGCUGAUGAUGAUGAAGACGUACAGGACGAGGAGAAUGCAUACUUGGAGAGGCUGACUGAAGAGAGCGAAAGACUUCGAGCCAAGUUGGCCAAGGACGAAGAUAGUGACGAGGACGAAGAAUCUGAUGAUGACGAUGAUGACUACGCACUGACAGCCCUGCAAACGGCUAAUGCACCGGUCUAUCAGGCCGCGACGACGUCUCUGACGCCGGAACAGGCUACUGCGUUGAUGGAGCAUAUGGCUCGUGCAGAAGCUGCUGAACGAGAACAGGCACAACCUGCGCCAUGA